AGCGGAGUGCAAAAUAAAUUGUGCGCAAAAUGUUUUGCAAGACAAUAUUUCGAUCAAAUAUAAUUUUAGAACUAGUAAAUAGUUCGAAACGAUGUCCCAUACGUCUAGCACAAUAUUCAAUAGGAACCAAUUACCAAAAUAUAGUUUUUAAAGGAAACGUUGACAGGUAUAAAGGUAUCACUAUAGACUCUACAAAAGAAAACUUUAACCAAGACUUUGAAGUAAAACUUACAGAAUCCCUAAAAUUUUGGAACACCGAAGGCAAACAAUGUGUUUGGUUUAAAGUCAAUAUAAAAGACUCAACUUACAUUCCUGUUCUUGCUCAAAAAGGUUUUAAUUUUCAUCAUGCCAGAGAUGACUUUGUGAUGAUGUACAAGUGGUUACCAAAAGAUUCUAAGCCCAAUCUACCACCACCUUGCCAUACAACAUUGGGUGUAGGUGCUAUGGUUUUCAAUGAGAAGAACCAGGUGCUAGCUAUAUCAGAGAAGCACUAUGAAUACCCACACUGGAAGCUCCCAGGGGGUUAUGUAGAAAGAGGUGAAGAUAUUAUAGAUGCUGCUAAGAGGGAAGUAAAGGAAGAGACUGGUGUGGAUGCUGUCUUUCAGUCAUUGAUCACAUUUAGACACUCUCAUGAUAUGAUGUUUGGAAAUUCAGACAUAUACUUACUGCUGAUGAUGUCUGCAAUUAAUGAUAAAAUAUCUAUAGCCCAAUCCGAAGUUAUAGCCUGUCAAUGGAUGAAUAUAGAUGAUUACAUUAGUCACCCUCAUGUCCAUGCUUUGAACAGACUUGUUAUAAAACUUGCUCUUGAGUACACAAAUAGGAACUUAAAACUUAAUUUGCGUAAAAAGAAAGUAAAAUGGGCCACAUAUGAAAGAGACAUGAACUAUUUAUCAUUAGAAGAAUUAAGUUAGCUAAC